AUGAUGGAAAAAAUUAGUAACUUAAGUUUCUUAACGAAAUUUGUUACCUUUACCUUGUUUUUUUGGGUAUCUCAUUACUCUAAUGAGUCAAGUCCUUUUGGUAAAUUAUGGAACAAGAAAAACAACCAAAGUAGCAAUUCAUUGAAGAUAGGUGCCAGUAGAUUGUUAAAAGGACAAGCAGACGUAAUAGAUGAACAAAGAAAUGCAUAUCUAAGAGAACAAUUAAUGGGAAUGCUAGAUAAUACUGAAGAUGAUAUUACCUUUGCAAAACAAUUUAAUGUUUUAAUGAAAGAGAAUUCUGGCCAAAAUGAAUUUAAUAAAUAUGCAAAUGUUGAUAAAUCCAUGGAUGCAUGCAACUAUGAUGGUGAAUUUAGUAAGAUAUAUAAUUUAUAUGUGAAUAACAAUAAUUCUGAAAAGAAAUCGAAUCCAAUAUAUGUUAAAGAUGAUUUAGCAAAAAAAAAUAAUUCAUUAAAACAAGAUAAUAAUACUUCAAAACGAAACACUCAAAAUUCUGGUAAUGAUUUUGAAAAUUUACAUAAUUCAUUUAAAUUUAAUAUGAAAUCAUCUGGAAACAGAAACAAGCAGAAAAAUGAAAGUAGUUUGUCAAAAAAGAGUGAUUCAAGUACCAGCUUAGCCAAAACAGCUAAUUCUCCAAAUAUAAACAUGCAUAACAAAUCAGACAAAGAAAAAUAUUCAUUAAAAGAGGAUAGUACUUCUCUUGCAAACAGAGCAAAUGCUUUGAAAUAUGCGCAGAACAUUCAAAUACUUCUUAAUAAAUUUAAAUAUUUUAAUAAUAUGGAAACUGCAGUUUCUGAAUUAAAGAAAGAUUCUAAAACCAAAAAACUUAUUGAUGAGUUAAUACAAGGUAAUGUUAUGGAAAAUUUCUUUUAUAUGUUAAAAUAUGCAGAUGAUUCUAAGGAUAUACUUAAUGAUUUAAAUAAUAAUGAUAACAUAGAAAAGCUACUCUAUGUAUUAAAAUUUUUUGAUAAUGGUAAAACCUCAAAUGAAAAAAAAAUGACAUUUUCAGAUGUACAAUCGAAAGGAAAGAAGGUGUUAAAAAUAAAGAGAAGUUUGAUCACAUCAUUUAUAAUUAAUGUGUUCAAAAAAUUCGACCAAAUGUAUGAAAAUCAGUUAUACAGUUUAUUUAAUAAUUCAGAUAAAACCAAUUUGAAAGAUGCAAGUGAUUUUAAAAAAGCUAUGCACUAUAUUGGAUAUAUGAAAAUUUUUAUACCAAUUAUAGCAAGUUUUUUACUUAUAGGAUUUUCUAUUGCAGCGCAAGAAGUUGCAAAAUAUGUUAUAAUAGUUCUAUCUAUUCUAGCAUCAACCGGUUACACUUUGUUUAAAGCAAAGAAAUGCUAUUAUAAGAAUAAAGUUGCAAAAGCGAAAAGUAAUAAUAAAUAA